AUGGUCAGUUCAUCCAGUAGUGAAGAAGAAGAAGCUUCUCUAGAAGAAGAGGAUGAAGAAAAGGAGGUGGAGGAGGAGGAUGAGGAGGAAACAUACAAUGUUUUCGCGAAGCGUAUUCAUUUGAACGAGGUCCAGUAUCUUGUUGUCAACGAUAUUAGAGAUUCGGUAUGGGUACGCAGAGAAGAAGUCAAAUCUGAAAUAGCCCUACACGAAUUUGAAGUGGACACUCUCCAAAACAUUGAUGAAGUAGAGUGGGAUCCAUUGCCAAAGAGAAUCAUCAAUGCCAUUACCAUUGAUGGUGUGAUUGAAUAUUUGGUGCAAUUCGCUGAUGGUACACAAACAAUGGUCUCUUUCACAUGUGGACCAAUGCGUCAACUGAUUGAACAAUUUGAAAAAGAUCGAAUCUAUCGUUCUGUAGUACAAUUGAAUCGAUUGAGUGAAUUGGACAUUCAGAACAUUCGGCCAGCAUCAACAUCAGUAAAUACUCGGCCGAAACGAAAAUCAGCAAUAGCAACAUCAGCUGCGAUAACAACAAUAACAAGACCUAAUGUUGAAAACGAUGCCAACUAUCAACCAGUAGUUCGGUUAAGUCGAUUGAGUGAUUCCGAUAUUCCAAAUGCUCACGUCAUACGUCCACCGCCAAGUACGUCCGUUUUUCAAUUUUCUGAACAAAAUGAACCAUCAACAUCUCGUGGCCCUACUUCCGCACCAAAACGAACGUAUCGAUCGAGGAGAUAACACGAGAUUGAAGGAACUAUUCUGUUAUUUCUAUUGAGGCUACCUACAUUAUAUUCACUUGAAAUGACGGGCAAAUCGUUCAUACAUCGAGACAAUUUCAAGAUUACAUU